AUAAGGACAUCUUUGCGUGAGGUGAUUGGGCAUCGGAGUCGGAGUAAAACAAGCCAUCUGGCUUGAUUCCGUGAACGAAAGAGUGCCAUCAUCGAAAAUUUUCUCGCACGCAACUUCAUUCAAAGCUUUCUUGGUGAUAAGAAAACUAAGCAGAAGAGCAAUCUCAGCAGACUCAGUAUGGAUGAAGUUAAUGAAACGUUGAAGAAACAAAUGGCAGCACUUUUGCGGGUUAUCUCUGCAGCUAAUUACUAUAAACAGGAUAAUGUUCCUUGCCAAAUCGAAGAGGGUCUUUUCUUGGGUUCGGUUGGCGCUGCAGCUAACAAGCAAGCACUUAAAAACUUGAAUGUUACUCAUGUUUUAACUGUGGCUAAUACUCUGACACCCGCACAUCCUAAUGAUUUUGUAUAUAAAACCAUCAGUGUUGUUGACAGAGAUGAUGCAGACAUAAAACAAUACUUCAGUGAGUGUUUUGAUUUUAUUGAUGAAGGCAAAAGACUUGGAGGGACUUUAGUUCAUUGCUUUGCUGGAAGAUCCAGAAGGAAGCUUGUAGCAGCAUUUCACCGUUCCUGUUUUCAAUAUACAAUUCACAAUGUGACUAUAGUGGUCGCAUAUCUGAUGAAGACUCAUCGAAUGAGUUUAUCUCAAGCCUUGGAGCAUGUGAAGAGCAGACGACCAACAGCAUCUCCCAACCUUGGUUUCAUUCGACAGCUGGAGGACUUUGAAAAAUCUCUUCAAGGUGCGAAUUGAGAAGAUUGUGUGAAUUUGGUUCUGAUUUGUUUUCGGAUACAAAAAUCAAGAGUCCCAGUGCAGAACAGAAAGGCGAUUGGCCAUACUUUGUAAACAUGAAGGUUAGUAAGAUUUAGUGUAAAUCUAGAAAUUGUAUCAAGACAGCAUGAAUUGAGAACCGGAAUGUCAAUGGUUGUAGUCAAUACAUUUGAUAAGGAAGAAUGGGGGAGGGGGAAUAAGCAGGGCAUUGGUCCUUUGGCUCCCGAGGAUCGUCCUAGACAGCAGCGCAUUUUGGACCGUUAUUAAUCUUUAAUGCCGGAGUUUCGGAUUCAAUAUUAGUACUCCUUGUGCUGGAAUCCCUCCUCUUGAGAAGUAGAAGUAUCAUGUUGAAGUGUA